AUGGACGAGAAGCUGCUAGGAGGGAGUGGAGGACUAGUGAACGAGUUUGGAUGGAUUGUGUUUCUCACCAAGUUCAGCCUGUUCCCAUGUAACAGUGAUGGCGAAUCAGAGAGAAAGUGGAGUUUGGGAAGUGUGGGGGUGUGGGAGUUCCACCCUCUUCACAAUAACCGCAAGACUGAGAUUAGUUUUGACAUCUCAAAUGGGGGACCUUCAAUGAUAUUGUUCACCUGCCUCUUUGGCUUAGACCGAGGGAAAGGAAAAGGUAAGCCACGUCAGUUGGACCUGGAGCGGGCGCUGACUGCCAGAGACCGAGUCGGUGUCCAGGACCUGGUGCUGCUGGACGCCCACAACAGCGAGACAGCCGUUCUGGACAACCUGAAGAAGCGCUUCUCCGAGGACCUGAUAUACACUUAUAUUGGAACCCUUCUGAUCUCAGUCAACCCGUACAAAGAGUUGGACUUCUACAGCAAGAGGCACAUGGACCUGUAUAUGGUGGUCAACUUUUAUGAGCUUCCACCCCACAUCUACGCCCUGGCGGAUAACGCCUACCAGACCAUGCUAGCGGAGGCUAAUAACCACUUCAUUCUGAUCUCUGGAGAGAGCGGGGCGGGAAAAACCGAGGCCACUAAGAAGAUCCUGCAGUAUUACGCUGUUAGCUGCCCCAGUAGCUCUCUGCUGAACUCCGUCCGGGACCAGAUGCUCAUGUCCAAUCCUAUCCUGGAGGCUUUUGGAAAUGCCAAAACUCUGAAGAACGACAACUCCAGUCGCUUCGGAAAGUACAUGGACAUUCAGUUCGACUGCCAGGGCGAUGCAGUUGGAGGUCACAUCCUCAGCUAUCUGCUGGAGAAAUCGCGAGUGGUCCACCAGAACCACGGCGAGAGAAAUUUCCACAUCUUCUACCAGCUGCUGGAGGGAGGAGACGACGACCUGCUGAGACAACUGGGCCUGGAGAGGGACACGCAGCGCUACAACUACCUGCUACAGGGGGAGUGUGCCAAAGUGAGCUCCAUCAACGACAGGAACGACUGGAAAUCAGUGAAAAACGCCCUCCUGGUCAUGCACUUUGGUCUCAGCGACAUUGAGCAUCUGUUUGGAAUCAUCGCAAGUGUUCUGCACCUGGGGAACGUCCCGUUCGACAGAGACACCAAAGGCAACGCUGUCCUCAACUCCAACGCUGAACUGCGCUGGGUAUCGAAGCUGACUGGGGUCCAUGUGCAGGUUCUGACCGAGGCUCUGACCUACAGGAAGAUCGAAGCUAGAGCAGAUGAGGUUCUGUGUCCCUUCACCGUCGACCAUGCCAUCUACGCCAGAGACGCCCUGGCCAAAGCCAUUUAUGGACGCACCUUCACCUGGCUGGUCAACCGCAUCAACGAGUCACUCGAGAAUCAGGACUCGAGCAGAAAAACGGUUAUCGGACUGCUGGACAUCUAUGGAUUUGAGGUCUUCUACGUGAACAGUUUUGAGCAGUUUUGCAUUAACUAUUGCAACGAGAAGCUCCAGCAGCUGUUUAUCCAGCUCACGCUGAAGGCUGAGCAGGAGGAGUACGAGGCCGAGGGCAUCGAGUGGGAACCGGUACAGUUCUUCAAUAAUAAAAUCAUCUGUGACAUGGUGGAGGAGAAGCACAGAGGGAUCAUCUCAGUUCUGGACGAGGAGUGCUUGAUGCCAGGCGAUGCGACAGACCUGACCUUUCUGGAAAAGAUGGAGAAGAAAAUGGGCAACCAUCCUCACUUCAUCACACAGAAGCUGGCUGAUAAGAAAACCCGCAGGACUCUGGAGAGAGGCGACUUCCGUCUGCUUCAUUACGCCGGAGAGGUGACGUACUGCGUCGUGGGCUUCAUAGACAAGAACAAUGACCUACUGUACAGGCACAUCAAGGAGGUGAUGCGGCAGUCGAAGAACUCUAUAAUGCAGCAGUGUUUCUCGUCUGACGAGGUGGACAGCAGGAGAAGACCCGAGACGGUGGCGACUCAGUUUAAGAACAGUCUGCAGGGACUGACUGAGAUCCUGAUGGCGAAAGAAGCCUGGUACGUUCGCUGCCUAAAAUCCAACGACGACAAGCAGUCAGGUAAGACCACACACACACACACACACACACACACGUGUGAAUUCGUGUUUACAUCUCGCACACUGUCUGUCCGUCUAGGAAGGUUUGAUGAUGUACUGGUGAGGCACCAGGUGAAGUAUUUGGGUCUGAUGGAACACCUGAGAGUCAGACGGGCCGGAUUUGCAUAUCGAAGGAGAUACGAGGAAUUUCUCAAGAGGUAUAAACCUCUGUGCCCUGAUACCUGGCCACACUGGAGGGGAGUUCCUGCUGAGGGAGUGGAGAGACUGGUGCAGCACCUGGGCUACCAACCUGAUGAGUACAAGAUGGGCAGGACCAAAAUCUUCAUCCGCUACGCCAGGACACUAUUCGCCACUGAGGACGCCUAUGAGAUCUGCAAACAUGAGCUGGUUGCAAAGAUACAAGCCAAGUACAAGGGUUACCGGACUAGAGAAGAGUUCAAGAAACAGAAAGAAGCGGCUACUAAAAUUGAAACGUGCUGGAGAGGAGUUCAGGCUCGGAAAGAGCGAGAGAGACGAGCCUGGGCCGUCAAAAUCAUCAAGAAAUUUAUUAAGGCUUACCUGACGCGUGGCGAGGCAAAACCCACAGAUAACUCCGAGUACCUGGCGUUCGUCAGACAGAGCUACCUCAAAAGGCUGAAAAAUAAUCUACCGGAAACCGUUUUGGACAAAACCACGUGGCUCACACCUCCACCUGUAAUGAGAGAGGCGUCGGAGAUGCUGCGGAGGCUGCACACGCGCUGGUUAGUGAGGAAGUACGUGCGAGGGAUCACGCCGCAGAGGAAAGCUCAGCUGCAGCUGAAGGCGGUCACCAGUGCCAUCUUUAAAGGGAAGAAGGAAAGCUACCCUCAGAGUGUCGCUGUGCCUUUUGUGGACACCAGGAUCAGUGAGCAGGACAUUAACGAGCGCGUCCUGCAGACGAUGACGCAGGAACGCAUCAAGUACAGCGUUCCUGUGGUGAAGUACGACCGGAACGGGUUCAAGCCGAGACCCAGGCAGUUCAUUCUCACCCAGGUCGCACUUCACGUCGCAGAAGAGGCCAAGAUCAAACAGAGAGUCGAGUACGUCUCACUCAAAGGUGUUUCUGUCAGUAACCUGGGAGACACUUUCAUGAUCCUCCACGUGGUGAGCGAUGGCCCCAAACAAAAGGGAGAUCUCAUACUUCAGUGUGAUCACCUCUACGAAGUCGUGACCAAACUGAGCGUGCUGGCGAACAAGCAGAACGCCAUCAACGUGCUCCAGGCAAGUAUUAAGUUUGAGAUCAGCGGAGGUAAGGAGAACUUCGUGGACUUCAGCACUGGACAGGAAGCCACGGUGUACAAGGACAAAAACGGCCAUCUGAUGGUGGUCACACCGAGGGUGAGGUCCCGCUGAUGUGAGUCGUGAAGAAGACCAGCCUCUUCUGUCUGAUAUAAACAUCUAGCUCAGCUCUGCAAGGACAAAACUAUCGUUCAGGUUUUUAAACGGACUUUAAUUCAGCGUUUUCCUCUUUAUUAUUAAGUUUGAACGUAGCUGGCUUACACACAAACAGGGUUUUCCUCCCCAGUGGUUCCUGCUCUUCAGUCCUCAUUUAAAAAUCAACUCAUAACCUGUAAUCAUAACCGAUUUCCUGAACCUGUAACACGGAGCCAUAUUCACCACAAGGUUUUAUACUUAAAUAAAUAAAAAGACG